CUCGUCUUGCUCGGCCUCAUGUUCUCGAAUGCUAUCGAUGAAGCAUCUGCACAUGGCCUCAAGAAGCGCGCGGCUUCAUCAGGUCGUGUGCGCUCAUCCCUCAACGCAGACUGGCGCUUCUCACGCUUCACAUCCAACCCCGAUGGCCUGAGUUAUGAGACGCUGAAGCCAUGGAUGAUGCCUUGUGCAAACGACUUCAUUACCGGAGACGGAUACCAACGCCCUUCCGGUCCGGCUCCAGGCGCCAACAUCAGCUAUGUACAGUCAAGCUUCGAUGACAAGAGCUGGGAGGCGGUCACUGUGCCCCACGACUGGGCCAUCUCUAGCACUUUCGAUGCUCCCGGUGUUACCGGCGAUCUGGGAAACCUGCCUAUCAACGGAAUUGGAUGGUAUCGACGAUCAGUCUCAAUUGAAGCUGAUAUCAUCGCGUCAGGAAAGUCCAUCUUCCUGGAUGUUGAAGGCGCCAUGGCGUAUGCUGCCAUAUGGUUCAACGGCGAGCUUGUGGGUGGGUGGCCUUAUGGCUACAACUCCUUCCGCCUCGACCUUACCCCAUAUGCGAAAGCCGGGUCAAACACCCUUGCUAUUCGUCUUGACAACAAACUGGAUUCAUCGCGCUGGUACCCUGGUGCUGGAAUCUACCGGAAUAUCUGGAUGGUCACCGUCGAGCCUGUGCAUGUCGCGCAAUGGGGAACCUACAUUACUACUCCCAGUGUUUCUGCUCAGGAGGCUACUGUCGACAUGGUCAUUGAGAUUGAAAACAAGGGCAACGGCACUCAAAAUGUUGUGGUCGUCACCGAGAUCUUUGAGCGCGACCCAACGUCGAAGGCGGCAACCGGCGACGCCAUCGCAAAGUUCCCAGCAGCAAGCACUGCCCUGUCGGGUCACUCCAAGAAGGCUGGGAAUGGCUCGGUCUCGGUUGCAAGCCCAAAACUCUGGGGACCUCCGCCUACCCAGAAGCCUAACGAGUACGUAGCAAUGACUACUGUAUCCAUCGACGGCGAGGCAGUGGAUACUUACGAAACCGUCUUUGGAAUCCGCUCUGUUGCGUACGACCCGGCCCGAGGUGUUCUGAUCAACGGCGAACGCAUCUACGUGCAAGGCACGUGCAACCACCAUGAUCUUGGAUCGCUAGGCGCCGCUUUCAACACACGAGCCGCUGAGCGCCAGAUUGAGAUUUUGAUGGAGAUGGGCAACAAUGCUCUUCGGACCUCGCACAACCCGCCAGCACCAGAGUACCUUGAUCUUGCGGAUCGACUCGGCUUGAUGGUCAUGGACGAGAUCUUCGACACAUGGAACUUCCCAAAGGUGGAGAACGACUUCCAUCGCAUCUUCAAAGAGUGGCACGAGCCUGAUCUCCGUUCCUUUAUGCGCCGUGACCGAAACCACCCAUCAAUCAUUUCAUGGAGUGUUGGCAAUGAACUUCCGGAGCAACGCAACUCGACUGGAACCGAAACCUGCAAGACGCUCCAGGAUAUCGCCCACGAAGAAGACCCUACCCGCAAGGUGACGAUUGGCAUGAACAAUGCUGGUGCUGGAACUGGCAUUGCUGGGGUCAUUGACAUUAUCGGCCUUAACUACCAGGGAGAAGGCAAGGGAAACUCGUGGGUAAGCACGUUCCCCGACUUCAAACAAGCCUUCCCCGAGAAGAUGAUUUGGAGCACCGAGUCAUCAUCUGCCAUUAGCACUCGUGGCAAGUACCUUUUCCCCGUGACUGCCAACAAGAGCGCCAUAGUCGGCGGAGCGCCUGGUGAGGGCGGAGACCCGGAAACGAACGUUGUCAGUUCCUACGAUCUUUACGCACCUGAAUGGGCCGCAUCACCAGACAAAGUCUUCCAAAUGCAAGACAUGCACCCCUAUGUUGCUGGAGAGUUUGUCUGGACUGGAUUUGAUUACAUUGGUGAGCCCACGCCUUACGCCAACGAAAGCCGCAGCUCCUACUUUGGCAUCGUCGAUCUCGCAGGCUUCAAGAAGGAUCGUUUCUAUCUCUACCAGGCCCGAUGGAAGCCUGAUCUACCCAUGGCACAUAUCCUGCCUCAUUGGACAUGGCCAGAGGAUCGCGUUGGACAAGUCACCCCUGUGCACGUCUACACCUCUGGUGACUCUGCCGAGCUCUUCAUCAACGGCGUCUCUGCCGGCCGCAAGGAAAGAGGCCAAUACGACUACCGUCUUCGCUGGGACAGUGUCAAGUACGAACCCGGCAACGUCACCGUAGUCGCCUCGAAGAACGGCGCAGAAUGGGCCACUGCAACUCAAGUCACAGCCGGUGCCGCAGCCUCCCUCAACAUUACUGCCGACCGCACCACCAUCACGGGUGACGGAUACGAUCUUUCUUUCAUCAGCGUUUCCGUACACGACACCAACGGCAUCCUCGUUCCAACCGCAGACAACGCAAUCAGUUUCAAGGUCUCAUCUGGCCCUGGUGUUAUCGUCAGCACAGACAACGGCGACCCUACCGAUAUGACGCCGUUCCCGGAGACGACCAGGAAGGCAUUCGGCGGUAUGGCUCUGGCUAUCGUGAGAAGCGAGGCUGGGGCUACGGGUGAGAUUGCGGUCGACGUUACCGCAGGCGGACUGCAGGGUGGCACUGUGAAGAUUACCGCUGCUUGAUGGCUCAAAAAAUGUUGCUGCGAUGCGCGAGUUGUGUCGCAGCGUGUAAUGACGUUGAAGUAAAUAAGCAUCAAAUAAUCAAUGUAUAUGAGAAUCAGAGUUUAGGCUAUGAAUGUAUUCGAAC